AUGCACCGCUCAUAUUGUUCCGCGCUUGCCGUUGUUAUCGACCUGCUGACGGGCGACAAGGCUCGAAGUGCGGUGAGCAUCGAGAACAUCAAGGCAAAGGGUUUGAAGUCGCUCCGUGAUAGCAUGGUCGAGUACAUCUGCAAACGCGUCGCCGAAAAACGAUCUGCGGCGCCGACUUCAGGAGCCGUUGGACCCGCCGACAGUGCGAUUGAUGACGACGGCGCGGAAAGUCAGACGGCGCCCCAAGCAGCAGCUGCCGCCCAGCACCAGCUGGACUUGCCGGUGUCCGGAGGAGGCGACGCCGCGGCAGGUGCAGGAGGAGGAGGAGGCGACGCCUCGGCAGGUGCAGGAAGGAAGGUUCGAGAUUCGGAGUCGUCGGAUUCGGACUCAGAGUCGGAGUCGGAGGGGGAGGAGGAGGACGAGGCGGCGAAAGAGAAGAAGGUCGAGGAGGAUCACGAAGAGGAGGAGGAGGAGGAGGAGGAGGAGGAGGAGGAGGAGGAGGAGGAGGAGGAGGAGGAGGAGGAGGAGGAGGAGGAGGAGGACGAGGACGAGAACGAUGAGGUGGUGGAGGUUGAGGAAGGGAAUGGGAAGGAUGAGGCGGAGAACGACGAGGAGGGGGUGGAGGCCGAGGUGCAGUACGAGCUGCAGUACGAAGACGAAGAUGGGGGGAAGGAGACGGAUGAGGUCGGCGCGGAGGCAACGACGGAACAGGGCCAGGAGGAGGCGGCAUGCGAAGGUGCGAAGGUGUCGGUCGACGCCGGCGAAGGUGCGAACAUCACGGGCAUGCAGGAGACGGAGGAAGCAUCUGGUCGGCAGGGCCCUGAACAGGUCGACGUCGAGGAACUGCUGCGGGAGAACUUCCUGUUGAGGGCGGAGAACGCUCGGCUGAAGGCGUUGCUCGAUGAGGAGCAGGCUCGGCUGGACGGGUUUUUUGGUGGGUUACGUGGACUCGUCGACCACCUGAAGGAGUUGGCCGAACAGAUAGACGACACCGACAAGUUUGCGGCGCAGCAGCUGCGAAACGCGACGGCGGACAUGUCGAAGACCAGAACGGGCAACAUCACCGGCAGCUUCGACGAAGCGUGGAAGACGAUGAAGACAUUCGCGGAACAGGCGUCGGCGUGGUUGGAGGACUUCGACAAUCCGGAGGGUCGUGUGGCAUGUGCACGCGCUGAAGCUGUCGACGCCUUGGCCGAGCACGUGGAUGGGGUGGUGGGCGCUGCGAGGCGGGGUUUGGAGCUGUACAUCACGACGCAACUAUCCGCCGCGCAGGUCAACAUCGCCACCGCUGUGACCUCCAGGCUCCCCGUGCAGCCGCCGCCACCGCCUCAGCCCACGCCGCCCGCCCUCCCGGAAGAGCUCUUGAAGUCGUUCAAGGCCGACAUCAUGAAGACGUGUCAGAAUGUUGUAUUUGUCUAG